AAUACCCCCGUCAGGUGCAAAGAGCCUUUUAUACAAGUGUCACUGGUGGAGUUUGUGUGUGUGUGGGAACUAAAAGAUGAAGGUCUUACUGUACGUGUGUUUCAUCUUGUUUGUUACUAAUGAGGCAACUGGACAGACACCAGACCCCUGUAAUAAUGUUAUUGACUUUAACCGAUGUCUGAAUGGUGGGGUGAUCUGUGAUGAGAAAAUUAGCAGAUGUAUCUGUUUCGAGGGACAACCAUUCUGUCGGUGCAACAGUCAAAAAGGUGAGUUUUACGUUAAUGAAGACUGCUCUCAGAAAUGGACAGUUGUGACCUUUGCCCUGGUAGCAUCUCUGCCUGGUCUCACACUCGCUGUGUUGGUUGGGGUGGUUGUUUAUGUGAUGAUGUUGCCAUCAAACAAGAGCCACACAGGUGAAGGAAUAACAACAUCCAAGACAGCCUCUAAAGAGCAGGACUUGUUCCCUGGUGUUGCUUUUGCUUCUGAUAUGAAUGGUCAGCCUCCCCCUAACAUGAGACCUGUACAACAAGGUCAUAUUCCCAUGACAGCCAUGCCCAACCACCCUUGGAUCAUGAAGAAUCUGUCUCUUAAAUGUCACUUUGAUUGUCUCCACAGCAUGUACACCGGGAUGCGUGACCCUCCCAUGGGAGGUCCUGUGCAGCCCUACAGCUAUGGCGCCGUUCGGGGUCAGAUUGUUAGCAACCCUUAUGCUAGAGAUUCACCCAGCCGAAACCCCUAUGAAGAGCACAGUCCUUCUGCAGACCACCACAGUGAUUACAGACCACGUGUCCCUUCACACACAUAUGAUGACCUGAAACACAACCAGCCCUAUUCUCCUGCACCACUCUAUGGUUCCUCUGAGCAUGGAAACCUCCGCAAUGGAUUUCCACGACCCCAAUUAAGUCUACGAUACUAGAUUUUUAAAAAAAAAAGAUUUUUUUCUGUUAAAACAGAAAAUAUAUUUUUAGGAUUUUGAACAAUGGAAGAAACAAAAGUUAUACAAUAAAGACUUGGCCAGGAUGUUGAAUGGGAAUGACACGAGGAAUUUACGGAAAACAACUUUAUUAUUUCCUGCUUUAAAUCUGAUCUCUAUUAUCAGCUGUAAAUAUGUUUAUACUGGGUGAUUUAUACUGAAAAAUUAAAAUUUUAAAAAAUUUAAUUCUUUCCUACAUUAAAUACAAAUGCAAUUCUGCAACCUGUUUGCUUCCUCACUUGAAAUUCCAAAAUUUAUUUGGAGUUUAAAAAGGCAUUCUCAACUUAAUUAUGAAUGGCAUAUAAACAAUAUCCGAUUUUUGGUUGUCAUUUUGGAUCAUCAGCUUUUGCACUUGUAAAGUCGAUUGCUGUCAUUAAAACAAGGACAUACCGAAUUAUCCUAAAUUCAUGUUCCUUUUUCCAAUUCAAUGUCUCUCAAAAUCUUAUGCUGAUAAUACAUUUGAAAUGUUUUGUAUUAAAUCACAAAGCAAGCAUUAUUACUAGAGACCUCAGAUUGAUAGUUGAUUUCUCUUUAUGUUUACUGAAGAACUGAAAGUUGACCUCACAAUGAGUUUUCCAAAAGAAAAGCAAAGCUGGCAGAUAAUAAAUACAUUUCAGAUUAAAAAGGCAGUCUAGACAGUUUGUUUCAACAUCCCACAGUUUCUUCAGCAAUUCUGAACCACACUGUCAGAUCCAUGCAAGUGCUGAUAUUAGUUCUAAAUGCUCUUUCAGAACCGUCUUCACUGAAGUAUCUCUUCUGAAACAGACAACGAGGCCUAGCAAUAUUGGCUAAUACUUAACGAGCAUGCAGUCUUAACUGGCUUCAAAUCAAACAGCACAUUAGGUGUAAUUGUGUGGGUGACAAUGUCCUUCUGAGUCAACUGAUUUUGACUCUAAAAGCUGACAGUACAGGGAACACUUACACUGUAGAAAUGCUGCACUCAAAACAACAUCCAGGAAAAGGCAAACUUUUAAUCAUGUAGGAAAGGGUGACGCCCAAUCAUCCGUCUCCACAGAUGCUCAGG